AUGGACCCAUCAUGGAAUUACAAUGGUCACGGGACUCUAGACAAAACUGUUGGCGUGUGGGAUGCAACUACCGGCACAAGGAUAAAAAAGUUUAAAGGGCACACUGCAUUUGUCAACACUGUGUGUGCUGCGCGUAGGGGAAAUGAGAUUUUGGUUAGUGGUAGUGAUGAUGGAACGAUUAAGAUAUGGGAUCUACGUCAGAAGGAUGCUGUAGAAACAUUCAGCAAUCAGUAUCAAAUUACGGCGACAUGUUUCAGUGAAGCUGGAGAUAUGAUCUUUGCGGGUUGUCUGGACAGCGAUAUUUCGGCAUGGGAUUUGAGGAAGAAAGGAAUCUCCUACAUUCUUAAAGGACAUCAAGAUAUUGUUUCUGGUAUAAAAUUGAGCCCAGAUGGAUCAUAUUUAUUGUCUAAUGCGAUGGACGACACCG